UGUUAAUUUUUUUAAUCCUUUUUCAGUCUUGUGGGACGUUUGAAUGGUAUUUUUGGUAUUUUUUUGAGUCGUCGAUACAUAUUGUUUAUGAUUAUGUUAUCUAUAACUGAAUAUGAUGUUUAUUUCAACCAUUCAGUAGAUGGCUUUAUCCUAUUGGUUAUCUGGUUUAUACCUGCUAUUUUGUUCUGUGAGUGUGGAGAUCUUUUGAGUGACGAGUACGCAAAGUUGAAAUGGGCAGUUUACGGCAUGAACUGGUACGAUAUGCCCCCAGAAGUACGUAAAACGUUCAUAAUUUUCCUCGGUAGUGUCCAAAAGCCAAUCCACUUGACAGCGCCACCAAUGUUUCAGUUCAACAGAGAAACUUUCUUACAGAUAAUGAAAGGAUCCUACAGUUUCCUCAUGUAUCUAAGAGGAUUCGUGGAUAAAAAUUGAUCUGAAAUACGAAACAUACCUAGCAGUUUGAAGAAAGAAAUACAAUUCGCCUUUUUUGAACAAGAUUAGUUAACAGGAUCAAGGAGAGUGAUCAGACAUGAAUAUAUACGUACAGGACCUUUUGGACUCCAAA